AAACAUCCAAUCCUCUAACCAACCAAAAAAGAUCACUCUCCCUCUCUCUCUCUCUCUCUCUCUCUCUGCCUGACACAGCCGUGCCUCUUAAGAGAACGAACCCACAAGACGAUAGAAGAAGAAGAAGAAGAGGAAAAUUGAAAGGGUGGUUGAAUCCCUACUAUAAUUGAGCUUUAUCCGCCCAACUAGAAAGAAAGAUGGGUUGUGCUUCACAAGCGGCCAUUAGCAGCAUGUUAUCAGCAGCCAACUGUUACACAGUUGCCUCAUCCAGCAGCCGCUUGUUCUUCUUCAACAAGGAAGAUCCCAGGGUUAUUACUAGGAACCAGAAGCAGAGUCUCAGCCUCUUCAGAAUCCGAGCUUCCUCCGAUGAUUCUGAUGACUGUAAUGUCGAAGAAUGCGCCCCUGACAAGGAGGUCGGCAAGGUGAGCAUGGAAUGGUUAGCCGGAGAGAAAACCAAACUGGUGGGUACAUAUCCGCCUCGUAAUCGAGGUUGGACAGGCUAUGUUGAGAAGGACACUGCAGGGCAAACGAACAUAUAUUCCGUUGAGCCUGCAGUUUACGUGGCAGAAAGUGCAAUCAGCUCUGGAACUUCUGGUUCUUCUUCCACUGGGUCCGAGAACACAGCAGCCAUUGCUGCUGGCAUUGCCCUCGUCUCCAUUGCUGCAGCUUCGACGAUACUCCUUCAAGUUGGGAAAAGCCCACCCGAGAUGCAAACGGUGGAAUACUCUGGGCCGUCGCUAAGUUACUAUAUCAAUAAGUUUAAACCACCAGAAAUGGUCCAAGCUUCAGUCCCUCCAGAAACUGAAACUUCAGUCUCUUUGCAGCCAGAAAGCAAUCCUACAGAAGUUCCUGGGGUUGAGGCUGGUUCUGGAAAUCAGCCAACUGCAUUUUCUGAACUCUCUUAGCUUGGAAAUCAAAGGACAUCAGAGCUCUCUGAUUUUCGUUAAAAAAUGAAGCCCGCUCGAGUCUUGAGGGUGCUUCCUUCGAUAUAUGGUUUGCAUGCUAUAUAUUUUAACUGAUUCUACAUGCAUGUAUUUAUGGUUCAAAAUAUUCUUGAGUUCCCGUGUUGGGCAUUGUAGGAAUAAAAUUUUUAGUAUUUCUGGUUU